AUGUCCUCCGCGCGCCCCAAGCGGGCAGGCGAAGACUUCACUCGCACCCACCACCACGACGAAGACGACCCCAACGGCCCAGCAUCUCACAAGAAGCCCCGAUUCGACCUCCGCAACCCCUCAGCACUAGCGCCCGACGCGCUCGAGGAUGAUGCGGUCUUGGACGCAGACGAGAUCGGCCGCCGCGGACAACAAGUGCGCCGGAAAGCAGUCAACCUGGACGGAUACGACUCGGACAGUGACAACGAAGGGUUUUCGGCGCGCGUUGAGAAAAAACCCGAGAAUCAGAGGAAACAACACGAUGCGGACGACGAUGAUAUGUUCGCGGAGCUGCAGGAGGAUUUCGGGGCUGAAGAAAUCGACGCGGACGAGGCUAUGCGCAAGAACAAGAAGAACGUGCGGUUUUUACAAGAUGAUGAGAUUCAGGGACAGGUUUCAUCUUCGCGUGGUGGACAUGCUUUGCACGCAGAUCUGAGCAAGGGCCAUGGUGAGGUCGACGAAGACGACGAUGAAAGCGAGGAAGAUGUUCCAGAGGAAGACCGCGCAAAAGUGGAUGAGGAGUUGGAUGAAGAAAUAGGAGCCGGUGGGAAGAAAAAGAAUGCGCCUUUACUAGAUGCGUUCAACAUGCGCAAUGAACAGGAGGAGGGCAAGUUCGACGAUCAAGGAAACUACAUUCGAAAAGCGGCGGACCCCGAUGCUGUUUAUGACUCUUGGCUCGAAGGCGUGUCAAAGAAGGAUAUGAAAAGCGCAAAAGAGGCCGCAGAAAAACGAGACGCCGAACGGAGAGAACGAGACCGGCAAGACGACAGCAUCUUAGCAGGCGACGUCCUGAAGGCCAUCAUCAUACAUCUUCAACGCGGAGAGACGAUUCUUGAAGCCCUGGCGAGAAUAGGCAAAGGCGUGCAAAGAAAGCCGAAAUGGCAACAAAACAAACAACGGAAUAAGAAGAAACAAAACGGAGCCGCAGCCGAAGACACCGAAAUGACAGAAGAAGACCCUAACGAGGCCACUCGCAAGCAGACAAUCGAAGCCAUCACCGGUGCUGCCGACAUUCUCAUGACCAGAGGACAGGCGGAAAUCUACGACACGGAACGUGAACUUCUCACGAGGCAAUAUAAACGCGAGACAGGCGAGGAUUGGGUUGAUUCUGCGGAAUCUACAGAAACAGGGAAUAGUGCUGGCGAGCAAGGGCCGGUGAUGUGGGAAUUCCGCUGGGCUGAUGCUCGUGAUGGAGGCAACAUCCACGGGCCAUAUGAUAGUGCCAUGAUGGAGUCGUGGAAGGGCGCAGGGUAUUUUGGUGAAGGCGUCGAGUUCCGGAAAGUGGGCGACACUGGUGAAUGGAGACAAAACGUUACUUUCUCAUAG